AUGGUUUCCAUCGAUGCCAUGGAUAAAACUCACGACAACUCCGUCGCUGGGGGUAGCAACCCUGAGGCUGAAGCUUAUCGGCCGCGUGGCUAUCAACUUGAAAUGUUGGAAGCGAGUUUAAAACAGAAUAUCAUUGUGGCCAUGGAUACUGGCAGUGGAAAAACUCAGAUAGCCAUCUUACGCAUCAUGGCUGAGUUGGAAAAAGGUGUCCCUGGAAAGCUUGUGUGGUUUUUGGCUCCGACCGUCGCGCUGUGUCUCCAACAGCACGAUGCGAUUGCUUCCCAGAUACCAUCAGUAAAGACCAGAACUCUUACCGGCUUCGACAAUGUCGAUCGGUGGACUGAGCAAUCCACCUGGAACACUGCUCUACAGGAAGUGCGCGUGGUGGUGUCAACUCAUGCAGUCCUUGCGGACGCCCUGAGCCACGGCUUUGUACGAAUGCCGCAGCUAGCCUUGAUGGUGUUUGACGAAGCGCACCAUUGCAUGCGUCGGCAUCCGGCGAAUAAAAUCAUGCAAAACCAUUACCAUCCAACCCUUUUCAAAUUCGGUCGGCAGGCAGUCCCCCGAAUUUUAGGUUUAACUGCCAGUCCGAUCGUUAGAUCUAAUUCAAACGAGCUUCAGAAUAUCGAGGCCAACCUGGAUGCUGUAUGCAAGACGCCACGCACCCACCGAAAAGAGCUUCUUGCACAUGUACAUCAACCCCGUCUGGAGCGCGUCACCUACAUCCCAAGUGAAACUGAGGAUAUAGGCGCUGCUAGUCACAUGCUUCAGCAGCUUAUUCUUUGCGUUCAGUCCUAUGAUGUGGGAAGUGAUCCCUAUAUUCAGAUGCUGCGAAAGCAACCUGAGACGAAAGUUGAGGCAGAAAUUGUCGCAGCGUCAGGCAAAACAUAUUGUGCCGAACAGUUGAACAAGUUUCUUGAGCAAAGCUGGCAUAUCUACGAAGAGCUUGGCGGCUGCGCAACAGAUUUCUUCAUCGAUGCCUGCAUAUCUCAAUUGCGUAACUCGACUAUUAGCGAAAUGGAAAUGUCUGAAUUGAAUCGCGAAGAGAGGGCCUAUAUCCUUCAAGUCCUUGCGCCGAUUUGGGUGCCUGCUGAGGUUACUGAUGAUGCCAACCCUAUGCCACUUUUCUCUUCAAAGUUUGAGACACUGCUCCAGUUCCUUUUGAAAAUGGACCACUCGGAGUUCUCUGGGUUAAUCUUCGUGAGAAGACGAAUCACUGUCAGCGUCUUGACGGCCAUUCUAUCAAACCACCCUUCUACCAAACAACGAUUCCGAUGUGCGGCAUAUGUAGGGUGGUCGAAUAAUGGUGGUCGCGAAUCUAUUGGUGAUCUGCUUAGUCGAGAUAUACAGAAAGACACGCUUACAGAGUUCCGAGAGGGCAUAAAGAAUAUAAUUGUCGCCACAGACGUGUUAGAAGAAAGCCUGGAUGUGAGUCGCUGCAGUCUGGUAAUAUGUUUCGAUAAGCCUUCCAAUCUCAAAUCUUUCGUCCAAAGGCGGGGACGGGCUCGACAUCAGGAAUCCACAUAUGCGAUCAUGACAUCGACAGAUGAUGAAACUUUGAAUGUCCAAAAAUGGCAAGAUUUGGAGCGAAUGAUGGUCGAGGCAUACCAAGAUGACGCGAGACAGCGAGCAGACGCAUUGGCUCUGGAGGACAUCGACGAGGAUGUUGCGGAAUAUAUAGAUGUUCCUUCGACUGGUGCCCGACUUGCCGCGGAGGAUGCUCUACAACACCUACAGCAUUUCUGUGAUUUGCUACCCCGAAAUGUAGAUGCUCAGAGCCGCCCUCUGUUUACUUUCAACGAGAAUUCCAGUGGCUUUCUCCAGGGGUCUGUAACUCUUCCUAGCUCUAUUCACCCUGCCGUGCGACGGGCAGAAGGGAAGAGGUGGUGGCGCACAGAACGUGCAGCCCGUCAGGAGGUUGCGUUUCAAGCCUACAAAGCUUUGUGGCAAUAUGGCCUAGUCAACGACAAUUUGUUGCCAUUGACGAAAAAGGCUGAUCUCAGAUUUGGUGAAGAGAAAGAAAUUCCCGCACUGGUCGAGUGCGCGGAACAAUGGGACCCCUAUGUGGAGUUGUCACAGGCAUGGUCAUCACCUGAUGUCUAUCAAACAGACGUAGAAUUUUUCAGAAACGAUUGUUUGGAUGAGGAUUUAAUGGUUUCGAUUGUACUACCCAAGCUUGUUGCAAUGCCAGAUACCAUCCCUCUCUAUUGGGACCCCGAAACGACUUUGACCGCGAAAUUCAAGUCUUCAACGCCGCUUCAUUCACCGACAAUUGAAACCCUUCACCUGAUCAGAGAAAUAACAGGUAUAUAUUUCCAGGCGCCAUCGUCGCGUUUACAGCAUCCUGAUCGAGACUAUGUGGUGCUUUUCAUGCCGACCGUUCCCCUUGAUCAGUUGCAAGAAUGGAAGAAUACCAACGGGGGCACUGAAAUGCUGAUGGAGCAUUAUGAGCGCGAUGCAUCCAACAAACCAGUGGGUAUCAUUCGGGACACAGCCAAGUAUAGUGAACCCCGCCUAUUUCGCAAAUGGAUCCAUUCUGAAGAGGGAACCAAGAUUCGGGUCGACACGGAAUGUCAAUCCAUUCCGAGAAGGCGGAAUUUCUUGCAGCCUCGGACAGCAGCUGAAGCAAGCGAGGACGGAGAGGGCCUAGUUAAGCUUUAUGUGAUUCCAGCAGCGGGUUGUACCGUAGACAAGCUUCCAGCUCGGAAAUCUAUGUUUGGUCUGUUGAUUUCCGCUAUCCUAGACCGUUUGGAGGCCACCAUGGUUGCUAAGCGACUAAACGACACGAUUUUGAAAGGUGUUGGGAUUCAAAAUCUCGGUCAUGUCCUCACGGCAAUUACCACGCCGAUAGCACAAGCGAGCACCGACUACCAACUCUACGAGUUCUUCGGUGACUCAGUGCUGAAGUUCACUGUGGCCUGUCAACUCUUCUUCCGGCAACCCACCUGGCAUGAAGGGUAUUUAUCUGAAAGCCGAGACAAGGUUGUCCAAAACAAGCAUCUCGCCUAUGCAGCGCUUAGUACAGGCUUGGAUAGCUUUAUCCUGGCUAAGCGGUUCACACCGAAAAAGUGGACUGCUCCAUUCAUCUCCAGAAAAUUGAUUGAGCCUGCGGAAUCCCCCCAACGGACCUUAUCCAGCAAAGUGCUAGCAGACGUGGUCGAGGCUCUCAUCGGCGCGGCAUUUCUAGACGGAGGAAUUCGUAAAGCCCAGGCGUGUCUUCACCGUUUCGUGCCAGAGAUUGAUAUCUUCACGAGUGAUGCUUUAUCAUAUGUCACUCCCAUCCCGCGAGGUGAGAGCAAUCUGAUUGAUACAGACAGCCUUGCAUCUGUCAUCGGAUACAAAUUCAAAGACGCUUCCCUUCUAACUGAAGCUCUCACUCAUCCCUCAUGCGAGCAUGAUACGACCACUCAGUCAUACCAGAGAAUCGAAUAUCUGGGGGACGCUGUGCUUGAUAUGCUCAUCAUCCCAUUACUAGCCGCUCACCAAGGCAAGACGUCUCAGGGUAAAAUGACCUUGACUAAGCACUCAGUAGUGAAUGCAAAUCUUCUUGCAUUUUUCUGCAUGGGUCUUAGUGGCACGCAGAACUCUUUGUAUACUAAACACCCCAACAUGAUCUGCGACUCUAAAGGGGUCUACCUGUGGCGCUAUCUCCGAUUCAAUGGCCCGACUAUCAAUCCAGCCCGAGAGGCUUGUCUGGCGAGAUUUGAUGGCCUGCGUGACGAAAUCACGGCGAAGAUACAGCAUGGGGAUGAAUAUCCGUGGGAACCUUUGACCCGGUUACGCCCUGAUAAAUUCAUGUCCGACAUCAUGGAAAGUGUCCUUGGUGCCAUUUUCAUCGACUCUGGUGGCGAUCUUGACCAAUGCAGGCAAUUCAUGGAGCGAGCCGGUCUGCUUCCAUAUGUACGCCGCAUACUCACAGAUGAUGUGGACGUCGUUCAUCCUCGAAAUGCGGCUCAGAGCUUGGUCAGAUUCGAGGGGAACCUUGUCUUUAAAUCAAGAAGAGUCGAGAAGAAGGGGGUACCAGCGACAUACCAGUGUCAGGCGAUACUUAACAAGGAAGAGAUCGCGUUGGUUGAGGGGUGUGGAUCGUCAGAGGAGGCAGAGGUCCGAGUGGCUUACAUGGUUAUUGAGAAGCGAUCCGGGGUGUGA